CUGGUGUGUAAGCUCUCCCACCACGUGUGUGCCCAACGACUCCACCAUAUGCCUGCCUGCUGAGAAGCUGUGCGACGGCACUGACGACUGCCCCGACGGCUCCGACGAGAAGCUCUGUGACUUGUGUUCAAUGAACAACGGAGACUGCAGCCAUAACUGCAACGGUUGCGCCUGGUGAGGGUGUGGUGUGUUCAUGCCCGCCUGGGCAUGGAGCUGGGCACUGACAACAAGACGUGCCAGAUCCAGAGCUUCUGUGCAAAGCACCUGAAGUGCAGCCAGCGCUGUGAACAGGACAAGUUCAGUGUCAAAUGUUCCUGUUACGAGGGCUGGGAACUGGAGCCCGACAUGGAGAACUGCAAGAGCACUGAUCCCUUCAAGCCGUUUAUCAUCUUCUCCAAUCGUCAUGAGAUCCGGCGUAUUGACCUCAACAAGGGGGAGUUCAGCGUCCUGGUGCCUGGCUUGAGGAACACUAUCGCCCUGGACUUCCACCUCAGCCAGAACGCCCUCUAUUGGACAGAUGUGGUGGAGGACAAGAUCUACCGCGGCAAGCUGUCGGAGAAUGGAGCUCUGACCAGUUUCGACGUGGUGAUCCAGUACGGGCUGGCAACCCCCGAGGGCCUGGCGGUGGACUGGAUCGCAGGGAACAUCUACUGGGUGGAGAGCAACCUGGACCAGAUCGAGGUGGCCAAGCUGGACGGCACCAUGCGGACCACCCUGCUGGCUGGGGAGGUGGAGCACCCCCGCGCCAUCGCUCUGGACCCCCGCUAUGGUAUUCUGUUCUGGACAGACUGGGAUGCCAGCAUGCCUAGGAUUGAGGCAGCUUCUAUGAGUGGCGAGGGCAGGAGGACCAUCCACAAGGAGACGGGGAACGGAGGCUGGCCUAAUGGACUCACUGUGGACUACCUGGAGUUACGCAUCCUCUGGAUCGAUGCUAGGUCUGAUGCUAUUUACUCUGCAAAAUAUGAUGGUUCCGGCCUGAUAGAGGUGCUGAGGGGACAUGAAUACCUGUCGCACCCCUUCGCUGUCACCAUGUACGGGGGCGAGGUGUACUGGACAGACUGGAGGACCAACACACUGGCCAAGGCCAACAAGUGGACCGGCAACAAUGUGACAGUGGUCCAGAGAACCAACACACAGCCUUUUGACCUGCAGGUGUACCACCCUUCUAGACAGCCCCAGGCUCCAAACCCGUGUGCUGCUAACAAUGGAACAGGGCCGUGUUCUCACCUGUGUCUGAUCAACUACAACCAGACCUUUUCCUGUUCCUGCCCUCACCUCAUGAAGCUGGGCACAGACAAACACACCUGCUAUGAGUCUCGUCAGUUCCUGCUGUACGCCCGUCAGAUCGAGAUCCGUGGCGUGGACAUAGACAACCCCUACUACAACUACAUAAUCUCCUUCACCGUGCCGGACAUCGACAACGUGACUGCCGUGGACUACGACUCCCAGGAGCACCGCAUCUACUGGUCAGACGUCCGAACUCAGACCAUCAAGAGAGCCUUCAUCAACGGGACGGGGGUGGAGACGGUGGUGUCUGCAGACCUGCCUAACGCUCACGGCCUGGCGGUGGACUGGGUGUCCAGGAACCUGUUCUGGACCAGCUAUGAUGCCAACAAGAAACAGAUUAACGUAGCCAGACUGGAUGGAUCGUUCAAGAAUGCUGUUAUACAGGGCCUGGAUAAACCCCACUGUCUGGUGCUACACCCAAUAUUGGGAAAGCUCUACUGGACAGAUGGUGACAACAUUAGCAUUGCCAACACAGAUGGCAGCAACCGCAGUGUCCUCUUCACCAAUCAGAAAGGCCCUGUUGGCCUGUCCAUUGACUUUGACACGGAACAGCUGUACUGGAUCAGCUCAGGGAACAGCACCAUCAGCCGCUGUAAACUGGACGGCUCUGGGCUGGAGGUCAUGGAGGGGGUGAAGGGCAAGCUGACCAAGGCCACCGCUCUGGCCAUAAUGGGUGACAAGCUGUGGUGGGCGGACCAGGGCACUGACCAGAUAGGGACAUGUGACAAGAAAGAUGGAGGCAACUGGAAGGUCCUCAGGAACAGCACCUCUCCCAUGAUGCACAUGAAGAUCUACAACGAGACCGUGCAGACAGGCUCCAACCUGUGCAGUACCAACAACGGGGACUGUUCCCAGCUGUGCCUCCCCACCUCCCCCACCACCCGGGCCUGCAUGUGCACCGCAGGGUACAGCCUCCGGAGGGGGCAGCAGUCCUGCGAGGGUGUGGGCUCCUUCCUCCUGUACUCUGUCCACGAGGGCAUCCGUGGCAUUCCCCUGGACCCUGCCGAUAAGUCGGACGCCUUAGUGCCUGUGUCGGGCACCUCGCUGGCAGUGGGCAUAGACUUCCAUGCAGACAAUGACACCAUCUACUGGGUGGACAUGGGCCUGAGCACCAUCAGCAGGGCCAAGAGAGACCAGACCUGGAGGGAGGACGUGGUCACUAAUGGGAUAGGCAGGGUGGAGGGCAUCGCUGUGGACUGGAUAGCAGGGAACAUCUACUGGACGGACCAGGGCUUCGAUGUGAUCGAGGUGGCCAGACUGAACGGCUCCUUCCGCUACGUGGUGAUCUCCCAGGGCCUGGACAAGCCCCGCGCCAUCACCGUCCACCCAGAGAAAGGGUAUCUGUUCUGGACAGAGUGGGGUCAGGACCCUCGUAUUGAGAGGUCUCGUCUGGAUGGUUCCCAGAGGGCCAUACUGGUCAACGUCAGCAUCAACUGGCCAAACGGCAUCUCCAUUGACUAUCAGGAGGGUCUGCUGUACUGGUGUGACGCUCGCAAUGACAAGAUUGAGCGCAUCAAUCUGGAGACAGGAGAGAACAGGGAGGUGGUGCUAGCCAACAACAACAUGGACAUGUUCUCUGUCUCGGUGUUCGAAAACUACAUCUACUGGAGCGACAGGACCCAUGCCAACGGCUCCAUCAAGCGAGGCAGCAAGGACAAUGCCACAGACUCUGUGUCACUGCGUACGGGCAUCGGAGUACAGCUCAAAGACAUCAAAGUCUUCAACAGAGCCCGCCAGCAAGGCACUAAUGUGUGCAAGGACAACAACGGUGGCUGUCAACAACUCUGCCUUUACCGCGGUAACGGCCAGCGCACCUGUGCCUGCGCUCACGGCAUGCUGGCGGAGGACGGGCGGGGUUGCCGUGACUACGACGGCUACCUGCUGUACUCGGAGCGGACCAUACUAAAGAGCGUGCACCUGUCGGACGAGAACAACCUCAACGCUCCCAUCAAACCGUUUGAGGACCCGGAGCACAUGAAGAACGUGAUCGCCCUCACCUUCGACUACCGAGGAGGAGGAGGGAAGGGGGCCAACCGCAUCUUCUUCAGCGACAUCCACUUUGGAAACAUCCAGUCCAUCAACGAUGACGGCUCCGACCGCAAGACAGUAGUGGAGAACGUUGGCUCUGUGGAGGGUCUGGCCUACCAUCGUGGCUGGGACAUUCUCUACUGGACGAGCUACACCACCUCCACCAUCACGCGCCACACGGUGGACCAGAGUCGCUGGGGGGCCUCGGACCGCCAGACCGUGGUCUCCAUGUCCGGCGACGACCACCCACGAGCCUUCGUACUGGACGAGUGUCAGGAUCUGAUGUUCUGGACCAACUGGAACGAGCAGUUUCCCAGCAUCAUGCGAGCCACCCUGUCUGGUUCCAAUGUGCUGGUCAUCAUUGGCAGCGACAUCAAGACCCCCAACGGCCUCGCCAUUGACCACCGCUCGGAGAAAAUCUACUUCUCGGAUGCCACGCUGGACAAAAUCGAACGCUGCGAGUACGACGGCAGCCGCCGCUAUGUGGUGCUGAAGAGUGAGCCGGUGCACCCGUUUGGCCUGGCUGUGUACGGAGACUACAUCUUCUGGACGGACUGGGUCCGCAGGGCCGUUCUCCGGGCGGACAAGUACGUUGGCGGAGACAUGAAGUUGCUGCGUGCCGACAUCCCCCAGCAGCCCAUGGGCAUUGUCGCCGUGGCCAACGACACCAACAGCUGCGAGUUCUCCCUUUGCCGUGUGAACAAUGGAGGUUGUCAGGACCUGUGUCUGCUCUCCUCUGAGGGCAGGGUCAACUGCAUCUGCCGUGGGGAGAGGAAGCUUCUGGAAGACAACUCCUGCGUUGCGGGAAACACCACAUGCAGCAGUAUAGAUCAGUUUGAGUGUGGCAACGGAGACUGCAUCAACUACACCCUGACUUGUGACGGCAAGGCCCACUGCAAGGACAAGUCUGACGAGAAACAGUCCUACUGCGGUAACCGUGUGUGUAAGAAAGGCUACAGGCGGUGUGUGAACGCCCGCUGUGUGGCACACAGCUCUUGGUGUAACGGGCAGGACGACUGUGGAGACAACUCAGACGAACUCUUCUGCAACACCACCCUGUGCACGGCGGAACAGUUCCAGUGCAGAGAUGGAGGCUGCAUCUCCAACUCCAGCAAGUGUAACCAGGUGGUGGACUGCGAGGACGCCAGUGAUGAGAUGAACUGCUCUGCUACGGACUGUUCCAGUUACUUCCGCCUGGGGGUAAAGGGGGUGACCUUCCAGAAGUGCAAGUACACCACGCUCUGCUACGCCCCCACCUGGGUGUGUGAUGGCGCGAACGACUGUGGAGACUUCUCAGACGAGAGGAACUGCCCUGGCAAAGGAACUAGUGACACCAAGUGUCCUGCUCCCUUCUUCGCGUGUCCUAGUGGUCGAUGCAUCCCUUUGAGCUGGACCUGUGACGAUGAAAACGACUGUGAGAACGGGGCGGAUGAGACUCACUGUGAUAAGUUCUGCAAGGCCAACCAGUUUGAGUGUACCAACCACCGCUGCAUCCCCAGCCACUGGGUGUGUGAUGGAGCGAACGACUGCCAGGACAAUUCUGACGAGGCCAAAUGUGCUAAUAAGACGUGUAGCCCAGAGGCCUUCCAGUGUCCUGGCUCUCCCGUGUGUAUACCUCAGCGCUGGAAGUGUGACGGGGACAAGGACUGCCAGGACGGCUCUGAUGAGGGGGUGAAGGCAGGCUGCGUGUUCAACAACACGUGCAGCGAGAGAGAGUUCAUGUGCCAGAACCGAGAGUGCAUCCCCAAGCACUUUGUGUGCGACCACGACAAGGACUGCAGCGACGGCUCAGACGAGUCUCCGGAGUGUGAGUACCGCACCUGUGGUCCUAACGAGUUCCGCUGUGCCAACGGCCGCUGCCUGGUCCAGAGCUACUUGGAGUGCGACGGAGACUUCGACUGUCACGACCGCUCUGACGAGGCCCCGAAGAACCCACGCUGCUCUGGCCCAGAGAAGAAGUGUAACGACACGGCGCACGCCUGCGCCAACGGCAACUGCAUCAACGAGACGCUGCUGUGCGACCGCAACAACGACUGCGGCGACGGCUCCGACGAGCUCAACUGCUUCAUCAACGAGUGUCUGAACAGCAAGCUGAGCGGCUGCGCCCAGCUGUGUGAGGACCUGAAGAUCGGCUUCAAGUGCAGGUGUCACCCCGGCUUCCGUCUGAAGGACGACGGGAAGACGUGCGUGGACGUGGACGAGUGCACGAGCAGCUACCCCUGCACCCAGCGCUGCAUCAACACGCACGGCAGCUUCCACUGUCUCUGCGUGGAGGGCUUCCAGCUCAGCCCCCACGACCCCACCGUCUGCAAGUCCACCUCCGAUGUGGAGCCCUUCCUCAUCUUUGCCAACCGCUACUACCUGAGGAAGCUCAACCUGGACGGCACCAACUACACUCUGCUUAAACAGGGGCUGAACAAUGCGGUGGCUCUGGACUUUGACUACCGGCAGCAGAUGAUCUACUGGACAGACGUGACCACCCAGGGCAGCAUGAUCCGACGCAUGCACAUCAACGGCAGUGACGUGCAGGUCCUUCACCGCACAUCGCUCAGCAACCCUGAUGGCCUGGCGGUCGAUUGGGUGGGAGGGAACCUGUACUGGUGUGACAAGGGUCGGGACACCAUCGAGGUGUCCAAGCUGAACGGAGCCUACAGGACAGUGCUGGUCAACACGGGGCUGAAGGAGCCGCGGGCUGUGGCGGUGGACGUCCGCAACGCGUACCUGUACUGGUCUGACUGGGGAGACAACCCCCACAUCGGCAGGAUCGGGAUGGACGGCAGCAACCGCAGCGUGAUCGUGGAGGACAGGAUCACCUGGCCCAACGGCCUCACGCUCGACUUCAUCAACGACCGCAUCUACUGGGCCGACGCCAGGGAGGACUACAUCCAGUUCUCCAGCCUGGACGGGACCAACAGACACACGGUCCUCAGCCAGGACAUCCCUCACAUCUUUGCCAUGACGCUGUUCGAGGAGUACAUCUACUGGACAGACUGGGAGACCAAGUCCAUCAACAGAGCGCACAAGACCCUGGGCACCAACAAGACCCAGCUCAUCUCCACCCUGCACAGGCCCAUGGACAUCCACAUCUACCACCCCUACCGCCAGCCCGAGGCCUUGAUGGCCGACCAUCCGUGCCAGGCCGACAACGGGGGCUGCAGUAACCUGUGUCUGCUGUCCCCUGGGUGGGGCCACAAGUGUGCCUGUCCCACCAACUUCUACCUGGCCGCUGAUGGGAAACAGUGCAUGUCCAACUGCACUGCCAGUCAGUUUGUGUGUAAGAACGAUAAAUGCAUUCCGUUCUGGUGGAAGUGUGACACAGAGGAUGACUGUGGAGACCGCUCAGACGAGCCUGCAGACUGCCCUGGGUUCAAAUGCAGACCUGGGCAGUUCCAGUGUGGCACAGGCAUCUGCACCAACCCUGCCUACAUCUGUGACGGAGACAAUGACUGUCAGGACAACUCUGACGAGGCCAACUGUGACAUCCACGUGUGCCUACCCAGUCAGUUCAAGUGCACCCACCCCAGCCGGUGUAUCCCUGGGAUCUUCCGCUGUAACGGUCAGGACAACUGUGGAGAGGGGGAGGACGAGAAGGACUGCCCCGAGGUGACCUGCGCUCCGAACCAGUUCCAGUGUGCCAUCACCAAGCGCUGCAUUCCACGUGUGUGGGUGUGUGACCGGGACAACGACUGCGUGGACGGGUCUGAUGAGCCAGCCAACUGCACCCAGAUGACAUGUGGCGUGGAUGAGUUCCGCUGCAAGGACUCAGGACGAUGCAUCCCCGCUCGAUGGAAAUGUGACGGGGAGGACGACUGCGGCGAUGCCUCAGAUGAGCCCAAAGAGGAGUGUGAUGAGAGGACAUGUGAGCCCUACCAGUUCCGCUGCAAGAACAACCGCUGUGUCCCUGGCCGCUGGCACUGUGACUAUGACAACGACUGUGGGGACAACUCUGAUGAGGACAACUGUGCGCCCAGGCAGUGUUCGGAGAGCGAGUUCUCCUGUACCAACGGGCGCUGUAUCGCUGGGAGGUGGAAGUGUGAUGGAGACCAUGACUGUGCUGAUGGAUCAGAUGAGAACGGCUGUGAUGUGAAGUGUGACAGUGAUCAGUUCCAGUGUAAGAACGGUCACUGUAUCCCCCUCCGCUGGCGCUGCGACGCCGACGCAGACUGCAUGGACGGCAGCGACGAGGAGAAGUGUGACAGUGGAGUGGCGAGACACUGCCCCCUGGAUGAGAUUCAGUGUAACAACACCCUGUGUAAGCCCCUGGCCUGGAAGUGUGAUGGUGAGGAUGACUGCGGAGACAACUCUGAUGAAAACCCUGAGGAGUGCACCAAGUUCCAGUGUCCGCCCAUGAGGCAGUUCCGUUGUCAUAACGACCGUGUGUGCCUGCCAGCAUCCAAGCGCUGUGACGGUGUCAACAACUGUGGGGACAACAGUGACGAGCUCAACUGCAAGAGCGCUCCUGCCAGCCCCGUGUGUGAGAAGGAUGAGUUCCAGUGCUCCAACGGCCACUGCAUCAGCUCCAACCUGCGCUGUAACUUCUUCAACGACUGCAAGGACCACGGCUCUGACGAGAUCAGCUGCAACAAGAAAGAUGCCGAACAGGACUGUCGCAGCAACAGGACGGGGUGCGGCGACGGGGACGAGGCUCACUGCGUGGUCAACGGCACCGACGCCUUCUGCUCCUGCAAGCCUGGCUUCCACGCCACCGGACAGAACCGAUGUGAAGACAAGAAUGAGUGCAAGCACUUUGGAGUGUGUUCCCACAUCUGCAACAACACCAAGGGGUCAUACAUGUGCAGCUGUCACAAGUACUUCACCAGGAUCAACAGCACCUGCAAGGCUGACAACCUCAGACAGGUGCUCUACAUCGCCGACGACAACGAGAUCCGCAGCCUGGACCCCGGCAUGCCCAACUGGCGCUACGAGCAGACGUUCCAGGGCGACGCCAACGUGCGCAUCGACGCCGUGGACCUGCACGUCAAGACCAACCGCGUCUUCUGGACCAACUGGCACACGGGCCGCAUCUCCUCCUACGAGCUGCCCUCGUCCUCGCCCAACAGCAACCGCAACCGCCGCCAGAGCGACUCCAGAGUCACCAACUUGGAGAUCCCAGGCCUUAAGAUGCCCCGUGGCAUCGCCGUGGACUGGGUGGCAGGGAACAUCUACUGGACUGACUCUGGCAGGGAUGUCAUCGAGGUGGCCCAGAUGAACGGGCGCCACCGCAAGACCCUCAUCUCAGGCAUGAUCGACGAGCCCUACGCCAUCGUGGUGGACCCCCAGAGAGGGACCAUGUACUGGGCCGACUGGGGAAAUCACCCAAAGAUUGAGACUGCUGCCAUGGACGGGACCAUGAGAGAGACUCUGGUACACAAAAACAUCCAGUGGCCCACAGGCCUGGCGGUGGACUACUUUAACGAGCGUCUGUAUUGGGCUGAUGCCAAGCUGUCUGUGAUUGGCAGUGUGAGGCUGAAUGGGAGUGACGCUGUCAUAGCUGUGUCCAGCAUUAAGAACAAGCUCCACCACCCCUUCAGCAUAGACGUGUUCGAGGACUACAUCUACGGAGUCACCUACAUCAACAACUUUGUGUUUCGGGUCAACAAGUUUGGCAAAGGCCCCAUGGAGAAUCUGACCACUGGCAUGAACCACGCCACAGACAUUGUGCUCUACCACCGCAACAAACAACCAGAGAUGACUAACCCAUGUGACAGGAAGAAGUGCGAGUGGCUGUGCCUGCUAAGCCCCAGUGGUCCAGUCUGCACCUGCCCCAAUGGUCGCACUCUGGACAACGGCACCUGUGUGGAGCUCCCCACACCCACACUGUCUCCUAUAGCCCCGCCCAGCGGCCCCUGCAACGUCCAGUGUCUGAACGGAGGCAGCUGCUUCCUGAACGCACGCAAGCAGCCCAAAUGUCGCUGUCAGCCCAACUAUGGAGGCGACCGCUGUGAGAUCGACCAGUGUAGAGACUACUGUCAGAACGGAGGCACCUGCAGUGCGUCACCUACAGGCGCCCCGACCUGCCGCUGUCUGACCGGCUUCACAGGACCCAACUGUAACCUGCACACCUGUAAGAACUACUGUCACAAUGCCGGCAACUGCAGCGUCAGCCCCGGCAACCAGCCCACCUGCCGCUGUCCGUCUGACUUCAUGGGAGAUCAGUGCCAGUACCGCAGUUGCGAGGGCCACUGCCUCAACGGGGGCACAUGUCUGCAGAGUGCCGACGGGUCUCGACAGUGUCGCUGUCUGCCUCAGUACAUCGGCAACAACUGUGAGGUGGACAAGUGUCACUACUGUCGUGACGGCAAGUGCAUCCCCACCAACACCUUCCAGCCCACUGGAGAUGUCACCUGCAAUUGUACCAGUGGCAGGGUGCAGCCCAGCUGCUACAACUGUGAGGAGUAUUGUGCUAAUGGCCAGUGCUCUGUGAACCCUCGCACGCAGCUCCCACAGUGCAGGUGUUCAUCUGGCUGGGAGGGACAUCGUUGUGAAGUGGUGGCCUCCACUUCCGAUUCCCCAGAGAGUGGUGGACGCACGGCCUCCAUAGUGAUCCCAGUGGUGCUGCUGGUGCUGCUGGUGCUGCUGGCGGGAGGGGCCUUGUUCUGGUACAGGAAGAGGAUGAGAGGGUCUAGCAGGUCGGGCAAAGCCUGCUCCAGGCACUCGCGAGCAAAGGGCUUCCAGCACCAGAGGAUGACCAACGGGGCCAUGAACGUGGAGAUUGGAAACCCGGCCUACAAGAUCUAUGAGGGCGAGCCGGAUGAUGAUGCUGGGGAGCUGCUAGAUGCAGACUUCACACUCGACCCAGACAAGCCAACCAACUUCACAAACCCAGUGUACGCUACUCUGUACAUGGGAGCCCACAACAGCCGCAACUCUCUGGCCAGCACGGACGAAAAGAAGGAGCUGCUGUCGCGGGGGGAUGAAGAGCCACUGGUUGACCCGCUGACAUAGACUGUCCAUAGCCUGGGUUAUACCAUUCGAGACACACCCCUCUUUUUGCCUUUUAAAGAAAAACUGAAAGAAAUUCUACAAAAAAAAGCGUGAACACUGUAUAAAAUGUACAAAAAUGAAGGACUACUUUUGUAUGUGAUUGCAGUAUUAUAUUUUGUUCUUUUCAGAUUCUGGUCAAAUGAACAAAACAUUUUCUAUAAGAUAUUUUUAAUUUACUCUUUUGUCCCUUCCCUUUUACCUAAAUAGCCACUACCUCUGUGCAAAAUGAAAUGGAAAGACAAUGAAAAUUAGAUGAAAAGGAUCAUUAUUGGAGCAAUUUUAAUUUUUUAUUUUUGUAUGAAUUGUAUAGAGAAAAACAUUGUUCCAUUUCACCAGUGCCAACUGUCUGUUGUUUAUGUUGUCUUUGAGUGGGGAAAGCAAACUCAAAGUUUUGUAAGUUGGUACCAAUGUUGUCUUGGUGGCAGUGUGUGAGGCAGGUUUAACAUAGCACGGUUUGUGUACAGCACGUGCUAAAUGUCAAAACCAGAUGGCAACUUCAGUAUUUCCACAAUGUUCUCAGAGAAUUUUUUUCAUGAAAUGAUUGUUUUCUUCCUUGCACAGACUUCAUAUUUUAUGGUGUGUAUAAAAGCCGUAAAAUGUAAAGCAGGUCAAUUUAUGUUUGUUUAUAUAACCUAAAAGUGUUUAGGGCUCAUGUGAUGUCGAGGUACCAUCAACAAGGUGUUUGGGGAGAGAUGAGAAAUGGUAUGUUGAUGAAGAGUUACCCAUUCCAGGCCUGUCAAUGCUGUCAUGGCUGGAAUGUUGGUGUUUAGGCUGCAGGAGACCAGAGUAAAGAGACGGAUCAGACAAGUGGGAGACAGACAAUGGCACCUUUUACUAGCCUAGUGUCACCUAUAUUAUGUACACCCUUUAGGGGACAGUUCAGCUCUUCUCUACAACCGUGCUGAUGGGGGGGAGGGUGAAAGGAGUUUGGUCUAGUGUACGUCAGUAAUCAUUUCAGUCGAUUUUUAAGGGCGUGAGAUUGCCCAUCUCGCCCUGUCGAUGCAAAGUACUUCUUCAAUCUUCAGGAGGAAGAAGGUUCGUGCUCUUAAAAUGUUGUUUUACUUCUCUUUGAUGUGCAUUUGUUUCCUUUGUUCUUUGCCUUGCGACCUCCCCCCCUCCCCCUCCUCAUAUCCCUGUCCCCUGUCCCUGUGUCAUGCUGUCCCCGUGUCAUGCUGUCCCCGUGUCAUGCUGUCCCCGUGUCAUGCUGUCCCCGUGUCAUGCUGUCCCCGUGUCAUGCUGUCCCCGUGUCAUGCUGUCCCCGUGUCAUGCUGUCCCCGUGUCAUGCUGCUGCUAACGCUGCCGUCCCUGCCGGUCGCCCUGACGUGUCCUUAAGCUCCCCCGCUGGGUCCCAAAAUGCUGCUUCUGUCAGAAGGGGUGAUCAGCCAUAUGUUAUUAAUGCAUGUAAAAACAACAAACACACACCUUCAAGUAUCUAGAAUAACCAAUAACAAAUCCUUAUUUUGCUUCCUGUACCUGUCAGCAAGUGUUAUUUUUGAUUUCAUGCUGUCACAUUUGUCUUGUUUUUAAUUGAGAAAAGAGAUGAGUACAAUCAUUUGACUUAAAGAGCAUUUUUGCUAAAUCAUACAUGCAUUUUUUGAAAGGUUGUUUUUUGAUUAGUCUUUGUUUUUUAAUGAGAAACUACACAUAGCUUUUAUAGUACACAAUGCAUGGAGGCUCAGACUUUCUUCUGGAAAGAGAAUAAUGUUUUAAUUUUUGCUGGAGUACUUUACAAACUAAAUAACAGAUAUUGUUAUAAAUAAAAUUUAAAAAACUGUACAGAAAACUA